UAAGAAAGAUAUUCAAUUAGGACUUUUCUAUCAUUAUAUUUGCAAUAGUUUUUUCUUUUUCUUGUGAUCAAUGGGAAAACAAAAGGGCAUUUCAUUGAUGUCUUCUUCCCCAUCAGAUGGAUACAACAUGGGAAUUUUAAUGGUAGCAUGCUUAGUGGUGUCAUGGAUUUUUAUGUAUAGAUGGAACCAGAGGAACAAGAAAGGCCCCAAAUCAUGGCCAAUUGUAGGUGGUGCAAUUGAACAGCUUAUGAACUAUGAUAGAAUGCAUGAUUGGCUUGUUGGGUAUCUCUCUGAGUUGAAAACUGUAGUAGUCCCUAUGCCAUUCACUACUUACACUUAUAUUGCUGAUCCUGUCAAUGUUGAACAUGUCCUUAAGACCAACUUUGCCAAUUAUCCGAAGGGUGAGACGUACCAUUCAUACAUGGAAGUGCUGCUAGGAGACGGUAUCUUUAACGUAGAUGGUGAACUGUGGAGGAAACAGAGAAAGACUGCUAGCUUCGAGUUUGCAUCCAAGAAUUUAAGGGAUUUCAGCACCAUAGUUUUCAGAGAUUAUACCUUGAAGCUUUCAUCUAUUCUUAGUCACGCGUCUUUUCAAAAUCGGGAAAUAGACAUGCAGGAGUUAUUCAUGAGGAUGACUUUGGAUUCAAUUUGCAAAGUUGGUUUUGGAGUAGAAAUAGGAACAUUGGCUCCUAAUCUACCAGAUAAUGCCUUUGCUAAAGCUUUUGAUACUGCAAACAUCAUCGUUACACUUCGUUUCAUUGAUCCCCUGUGGAAAAUAAAGAAAUUCCUCAAUUUGGGAUCAGAAGCUUUACUUGAUAAGAGCAUUAAAACCAUUGAUGAUUUUACCUACUCUGUCAUUCACAAGAGGAAAGCAGAAGUAGAAGCAGCUCGGAAGCUCAGUAACAGCGACAAGAAGGUAAAACAUGAUAUCUUAUCAAGGUUCAUUGAGUUAGGUGAAGACCCAGAAAGCAAUUUCACAGAUAAAAGUCUGAGAGAUAUUAUCCUCAAUUUUGUGAUAGCCGGCCGAGACACAACAGCAACAACUCUCUCUUGGGCUAUAUACAUGAUAAUGACACACAAACAUAUAGCUGAGAAGCUAUACAUGGAGCUGAAAGCUUUAGAGGAAGAUAGGGCAAAGGAAGAGAAUGUUACCUUAACUCAGUUUGAAUUGGACGACUCCGAAUCGUUCACUCGAAGAGUAAUGCAAUAUGCAGGACUCUUGACUUAUGAUUCAUUAGGAAAAUUGUACUACUUGCAUGCGGUGAUCACCGAGACUCUUCGCUUAUAUCCAGCAGUCCCUCAGGACCCCAAGGGAAUUCUAGAGGAUGAUGUCUUGCCUGAUGGAACCAAAGUUAAAGCAGGAGGGAUGGUAACUUAUGUUCCUUAUUCAAUGGGUAGGAUGGAGUAUAACUGGGGACCUGAUGCCGCUUCAUUCAAGCCAGAGAGAUGGCUCAAAGACGGAUUCUUUCAGAAUGCAUCUCCAUUCAAGUUCACUGCAUUUCAAGCUGGGCCACGGAUCUGCCUCGGCAAAGACUCUGCAUACCUUCAGAUGAAGAUGACACUAGCCAUACUCUGUAGAUUUUUCAAAUUUGAUUUAGUUCCAAAUCAUCCAGUUCAAUACAGGAUGAUGACAAUUCUAUCAAUGGCUCAUGGCUUGAAACUUAGAGUGACCAGGCGCUCGUAAGAUGCAUCUAGAUAGUAGAAUUUGAUCUAUUUUCAAGCUGAUUAGAUAAAUAGCUAAUUUUCUACCAUAUGCAAAACAAGUCAUUGACACAAUGAGUAAAUAAGUUGUUCCAGAAUGCAGAGAAUCUUUCAUUGAUCUCUAAGAGGUUUACUGUGUAUAUUUAUAUCAUUAAUGUUUAUUUUCUGUAAUGACAAACGGAAACUAUUGGCACAAUAUAGUUUGGUUUGUUUCAGUAACAGGAACAUGCAGAUCAAUCAAUACAGAAUCCAGUUUACAUUUUAAACAA